UACAGCAAAAGGAACAGUGCACCCGCUGUCAAGUAUCACCCACUGAACUGAAAAUAAGUGAAGAAAGGUUUCGUUGGCCGCCUCAAUCUCUCUCCUCAAACAGGAUGAAACCCCCUUCCACUCUUUUCCUCAAAACCCAUAUUCCUUCUUCCCUUUUACUCCUCACAUUCUCCAAAGGAACGCGCAAUGCUAAAUUGCCUCACAACUUCUGUUUCUGUAAGACCAUCCAAACUAGUUCGUAUGAAGAAGUUACUAAAGGAAGUUACGUUCCCACUUUGGAGAAGAUCAAAGAAAAUACCAAUAAUAAUAUAUUGGAAAAGCCAUCUAGAACAAUGGAAUCUGUUGGAGCAUUUCAAAAGUUGCCUAUAGUGAUGCCAUCUGUUGACAUUCUGGGGUCGGCCAUGAAAAAGGCGAGAAGGAUUUCUCCGACACAAGGAAUUGUCAAUAUUGCAAAAAGAGAGAAAAACAAGGGUGCAAAACAACUUGAUGCGUUGAUGAAAGAACUUGCUGUUCCCUUGAGGACGUAUGUGGAGAAUUUUCCUAAUAAAACACGCCUUCAUCCUUAUGAAAGAUCUCUUAUUGAGCUGACACUUGGAGAUGGGUACUAUGAAAAGGUGCUAGGGAAGGUAGACGGUUUAAGGAAGAGGGUAGUAUCUGUUGGAAAGGAACACGCUUCACAUUGUGCUAAGUCUACGACCAAGCGAGAAGCAGUGGAAAGAUUGAAUGAGGGUCUUAAGAAAAUUGAAGAGAGUUUUGGUCAAGAAAUGAAAGUUGUUGACGAUUUGUUAAACAUAGCGAAGACUCUGAGGGCAAUGCCUGUAAUUAAUUUAGAAACAUCAACUCUCUGCCUUGUUGGAGCCCCUAAUGUUGGAAAAUCUUCUUUGGUCCAUGUACUCUCUACAGGCAAGCCUGAGGUUUGUAACUAUCCGUUCACAACAAGAGGAAUUCUUAUGGGUCAUAUUAUCUUUAACUAUCAGAAGUUUCAGGUUACGGAUACCCCAGGUCUUCUGAAGAGACAUGACGAGGACAGAAAUAAUUUGGAAAAGUUGACCCUUGCUGUCCUUUCACAUCUACCAACAGCAAUUUUGUAUGUUCACGACCUUUCAGGGGAAUGUGGAACCUCGCCUUCCGAUCAGUUUUCAAUAUACAAAGAAAUCAAAGAAAGGUUUCCUGCACAUUUAUGGCUUGAUGUUGUCUCGAAAGCUGAUCUGUUGAAGACAUCUCCUGUGGUAUAUGCAACAGAAGAUCCUUCUCUCACAGAUCAUGAGCUGGAGAAGUACCGUAAAUCAGGUCCUGAUGGAGCUAUUAAUGUGUCUGUGACAACACAGAAAGGACUACAUGAGCUAAAGAACAGAGUGCAUGAGCUGCUUAAUUUGCAGAUGACCAAGAUCAAAGAUAUUAGCAACAAUCAAGAGAAGUGAAGGACUUGUCUCAUCUAAAGUGCUAUAAUUUCUCAUGCACAUGUAUAUAAUAUUAAUCGUUGAUUUGUUUAUUAACGGUUAAUGUUUUUUAUUUUACGCUUUAAAGUGAGUUGUUGAGUUUAGAAGAGCCAAAUCCAAAAGUGAACGACGCCACUCUAAGGUUAUAUCAAAUUUAUGAGAAACUUUCCUGGUCAAAUUGGGAGGGUGAAAUCUUCAUUUGUAAAACAAGUUAAACAGGCUCUCUCUAUGGCCACCCUCCAAACAUGAAAACUAGCAAAAGUGAUUUCAGGUUUCAGUACUGCCACCAAGAGAUUAGGCAUUGUAGUGUAAAAUGAGGGUGACACUCUGAAUGUUGGAGAUAGUUGAUUGGUUACACGAAAGUUAUUCAUAGACCUUGUUUAUUUCAAUCAUAUUGGAUCAUCUUGUAGAAUCAAGAAUUGCUUGUUUCUUGUUUGCCUUUCUGGUUCA